CUUUCCUUCUCUAAGACACAUCCGACGUGUAACCUCACCCUUUUAAAAUACGGUCGCAUCGUCUGAAGUCGCCGCUUUUAAGCAUCUCGACGUGAAAUUGACGGAUGACAGGAUGACGGGCGCCUAUUCUCGCCACGCCGGAGGCCGCGGCCCUCGAAGCUCUUCUCAACCGGGCACCUCUCGACACCAUUACGGAACUGGCCACGCUAAAUCUCGGUCGGGUUCAUCAAUUGAUGACCUGCUUGGUCCUUACGGUCUUGCGCACGUACAAGGUGAAAUUGAAGGAUGUACCUGGAGAUUUCUCCCACGCCGAAUCAGACCGAUUUCGUUCCGCAAGGUUACUAUCCUUUGCCUAGCCUUAGUCUUCAUCUGUAGCGCUUGGGUAUUCAGUAAGAAUCCGGGAAAAUCAUCCAUUACAGAGCCUGUCAUCGUUGAUGGAUACUUGCCUCCUAUUCCCCAUCUCCCCGCAGGGUACACUGUACCUGAAGAGACUAACCACGCUGUUCAAUGGCUACGAGAUAACACUAUCUUGGACCUGCAAGACAUCCCCGCUGAUCAGAUGCAAACACUUUUCGAGACACGUCCGAAAGCCGCUUUCAUCUCCCUUGUGCGAAACGAAGAGCUUGAAGACAUGAUCUCCAGCAUCCUCCAAGUGGAGGCUCGUUUCAACGGAAGAGAAACCCAUCAAUACGAUUGGGUGUUCUUCAAUAACGAGGAGUUUACUGACAAAUUUAAGGAUGCCGUAUCCAAAGCGACCAAAUCCCAGUGCUACUUCGAACGUAUUCCGGAGGAGAAUUGGAGUAUUCCGCCCUGGAUCGACGUCACACGGUUCGAUGUCGGCCGCCAAUUCAUGGGAGGUAUUGGUGUAGGCAAAGCGUGGCUACAGAGUUACCAUCAUAUGUGUCGCUGGAACGCGGGUCUCUUUGCGAUGGAGCAACGUCUUGCUGACUAUGACUGGUUUUGGCGAGUCGAGCCUGCGGUUCAGUUUUACUGCGACAUCAACUACGAUGUCUUCCGCUUCAUGCAAGAUAAUAACAUGGCGUACGGGUUCAACAUGGCGAUUCUUGACGACGCUCGAUCCUUUCCUUCUCUCUGGGAACGAACCCAAGCAUUUAUCGACCGUAACGGCGAGCUAGUUGAUGAAGACGCAGAUUUUAACUGGUUGUUGCACACCGCCGAGGAUCAAGAUGAUACGAUUCGUCCACAGACCGGUGCCAAAGGGGCCGCGGCUGACGGCGACUAUAACAAUUGCCAGUUUUACUCCAACUUUGAGAUUGGCUCGUUGAAGUUCUUCCGCAGUAAUGAACACCAAGCCUAUUUCGAUCACCUUGACAGAGCAGGCGGGUUCUACUAUGAGCGAUUCGGUGAUGCCCCUGUUCAUACGCUCAGCGUUAGUAUGUUUUUACCCAAGAGUCGAAUUUGGUACUUCCGUGAUAUCGGCUAUGCGCACGGCCUUUGUGAACAAUGUCCUCCCCAUGAACACCAGUUAGAACUCGACGAUCAAUCCCACACCCAGUUUCCGCGACAAGUCGGCGAGCAAGGAGACGCCGGUGCCUUUGAUGUUGAAUCCCUUGUGAUGGGCCCUUUUCAAGGUUAUGGCAAUAACCACCGCCGAUGGAAUACGAUGGCGAAGGAUGUUGAGCGCCAGAAAGGAAUCCCCGGUCUUUCGUGCGGCUGCACUGUCAGUGCAAUUGACAACGACAACGCCAAAUUGGUCCCCUAUGAAUCGAAGCAGCGAAAGCCUUCGGAUCCGUGCAUACUGUUACAGAGAACAUUGCAGAUGGCGAUGGUGUUGAGUAUAUUCUGGAUGGCCGAGAUGGUAAUCCCUUCGGGUAGACGCAUUUUCCGCAGAGCAUUACUCUCCACAUCCAUUGUCUUUGGCGUUUACUGGGGAAUGUAUCUGGUCUUUACCGGCCUUAGAUCUUCCCCUGCAGUCGAUAGCCCCUAUAGAAUUUACCUCAUGGCACCGCUUAACGUGGAGCCAACCGAGACGUGAAGUGAUACCCGUCGACAAAGGCCCGGACUAGGAGAAUUGGCCAUUCUUCUAGCGUAUUGUUUUUUUUUUUCGUUUAUUUGCCUUCCAUCCACAGGAGUCCGGGAAUCGGCACUGAGUCACCAAGUCACACGGGACGUUUUGUUCUCACCUUCCCGAUAAUCCAAAACCAGUGUUUCGAGGUUUUGAGUUUUUG